AUAAAAGUUUGAGUCAGUCUUAGCGCGAUGGUGAUUUUAUUUUAGCUGAAACAUCAUUACGUUCAGUCCGAUAAACUUGAUGACAGAAAUGGAAAAACAAGAACAUAAAAAAGACUUGAACACGCCAGUUCAUCCCACUCUUGCCAUAUAUUUGAGCGGAAAUUUUAGUGAACAACCGUCUAGUUCCACCAAUGCAAAUUUAUCGGAUGCAACAGUGAGACCGAUUCGAUGGGUGUAUUUGGAAAAUCUGUACAAAAACAAAUCGCAAAUUGGAUCGGUUGCCGGAGGCUACCUGCAGCUGCUGGUCAGUGGGUCACAUAUUGCUUGGGGAAUUUGGAGAUUCGACUUCAAUGAACCAUGGUUCCGGAGCAUAAACGGAACAUUCAUUUUUAUCAUAAUGUCUUUUUAUGUCGCUGCGAUUAUCGGAGGUAUUAUUUCCGGAUUUGUAGUGAACAUAUGGCGGAAACAAACGAUUUAUUGUUUGAGUGGAUCGACAAUGGUAUCGUCCAGUUUAAUAUUAGUGAUAUGGUGCUCGGAAGAGAUGGGAAUAUUGUUUGCCCGGAUGCUGGCAGGUCUGGCACACGGGCUAGUGUACAAUGUUUUAAUCAUUCAUGCCGGGGAGAAUGCGAGGAAGCAAAUGCGCGGCAUUAUAACAUCCACCAUAAACUGCUGUCUUUGGGCGUCGAUUUUUAUCGGAAGCUUAUUGAUAGCAAAGGUUCAAAUGGGUAUAACAACUUCGAUCAGCAGUGAUCGAAUGAUUGGUAUAUCCAGUUUUGUGUGGUCGGUAAUAUCGUUAAUGUACACAAUAUUUUGGACUGAAGAGUCAAUGGUCUAUUUGCUGAAUCGCAAUAAAUUGGGUGAGGCACUUGAAGUGAUGUCGAAACUGAGAAAUGAGCCGGAAACAAGUGGUAGCAUUGCAGAUGAUUUCGAAGAAAUGCGACUGAUGGUCAAUCGAGACAAAAUGGAAGAUAAAAAUAUUUUCAAACACAACAACGAUAAACCGCUGAUACUGAUGUUUGCCCUGAAGUUUCUAUAUGUUCUAACGAACAAUGUCCUGUUCAAUUGGAUAUUCAUGCUAAUACUUACCCGAAUAUUGCCCGAAGGCAGCAGACGAUUGUCUCCAGUGAUUUUGACUGCAGUUCGCUUCAUCGGCUCUGUUUUGCAAACGCUUCUGGGCGAUACCUUCGGCCGGAAAACAUUUCUGAACGCCUCCUGUACGCUGUCUGGCAUAACACUUCUCAUUUUGGAAAUUAUGCUCAUCGCAAUUACGGACCACACAAUCAUUCUCCAUUGGGUGACGACGAUGCUAUGCAUUGUGUUCCAGUUUUUCGUUGCACUCGGCAUAGACCCGAUGCAUAAUGUGAUGCUAUCCGAAGCGUUUGGCACAUCGAAGAAAACUUGGUCGGUGGUGUUCGUUAAUGGGUGCGAAAAUGCCGCACAAAUGAUUUUCAUUGGUGUCAGUUUCGUUGACGGUAUUGUCGUCGACACGACAUACCACUUGGCCCUAUUCAUAUCGGUUUCCAUUAUCUUGAUAUUGGUCGUUCUGCUGUUUUUCCAUUUGCCGGAAACGAUAGGAUUGUCUUUGAGUGAAACCAGAAAUUUGUUCAGGAAUGUUACCGCCAAAUGUAUGACCAUGACCCGAUGAAAUAUAUUAUUGUCUACGAUCAUCAA